AUGGUAACAAUAUCCUCCUUCUCGGAUGAUGUUUGGGUAGGUGAGCAGCCCCUAAGAACACUUUUUCCUUCUUUGUUUAAGCUUUCUAAAAAGAAGAAUGUGGUGCUGAGAGAGAUGAUUUCUUCUGAAGGAGCUUGGGAUUUCAAUUUUUUAAGAAGUUUGAAUAUGCAGGAGAUGCUAGAGAUUGUAAACUUGUUGCAGGUGAUUGGUGAGCCAGCUGUUCUUUUGAAUAAUUUGGAUGGAGCUGAAGACAAUAGACACUGGACUUUUGGAAGGGGUGAAGGUUUUUCAGUUGCAAAUGCUUAUUCUGCUAUGGAUCUGGGAGGUUUUCUUUCUUUUCCUUACAAGCAACUCUGGAAUCCUAAAAUCCCCUUAACGGUAGCUUUUUUAGUCUGGACUUUGUGUUAUAAUAGAGCUGCUACUUUGGACAAAUUGCACAGUGCAGGUUUGGUUCAAGACUCAACUUGUCUAUUCUGUGGCCUUCAUGUUGAGACAAACUCUGAUCUUUUCCUGCAUUGUCAAACUAAAAAUGGUAUUUGGGAUUAUUUCUUAAAAAGCUUUGGAGUCAGUUGGGUGCAUUCUCUUGAUGUUAAAAGAACAAUUUGGGAGUGGGGGAAAAGAAAAAGCAAGAAAAUGGUGAAGAAACUAUGGAGUUAUUUGCCAUUUGCUAUUUGGUGGUGCUUACGGAAUGAGAGGAACAAUAGACUUUACAAAAACUUGGCCAGAAACACCAAACAAUUGAUUACUGAGGUCAAAUGUUUAUUGCUCAACUGGACAAUAAACACUGAUAUUUUUAGAGGUUUCAGUUUGUCAACUUUGAUUUGUAAUUGGGACGUUGUAAUGCACGCGUCUAUGUAA